GGGUAUUGGCUGGGGUGGAACAGUCCUGUAAUGAGUAGAUUUUAGAGAGACGGCAGAUAGGAAUAAUAGCGAGAGGCCAAAAAAAAAAGAGAGAUGAUUUGAUGGAAAUGAGGGAUACGACAACAAUCCUGGUAUAGGCAGGCGUGAGGAUAGAAGGCAAAGGAGAGGAACGUUUUUUUCUGCUUCUCUUGGCACCUUAAGGAGAGCCUCCUCUUUGGAUCACAGCAGAGUGGAGAGAGGGGAAGGAAAUCGGAGAUCAUCACACUUUGCUUUGGCCUCGGAGUCUUUGUGGUAACGACUCGGAUCAUCGCCUGAAUGUCUUUUUUCCAGACCGCACUAUAGAGAAAUCCUUUCAACUUCUGGUUUCUUUUUUUGUUUUUUUGAAUGACGUACUCGUGUGAUAGCAUCCUUGCCCUGUGUCCAGGUGCAGCAGGGAUGCUGGGAUGCUGUCGUAGCUAACCAAGCUCGAUUGCUGCUGCUGCUGCUGCCACCGCCACUACUCUGCGGGCCCCCGGGACUGCUGGAAAAGCCGAGCCCUCGCUUGUCUGGACUGAGACGACGGGCCGGCAACGGGCUCCCCAACUGCGUGGAGGGUGGAGGAGGAACUGGACGAGGAUGAGGAGCACUGUUAGCCUACAUGCCCAUGGGAAGCAGCCCGUUGAAGAGCUGUAUUCAUAUUGCUGAGGCUUCGAUUGCUACUACAUCAUAGAUGAUGCUUGUCAAACCUUCCGGCUGUUCCGAACAAGAAAGUCUAUUUCACAUUUAGAGGCGAGGAAGUCGGGGGCCUGUGCCGCCCUGGUACCGGAUCCAAGCAAGGCCUCCACCCUACUUGCUACUUCUGAGUAAACUAGGCCUCUGUUGCUCUUUUUCUUGACAUUCUAAGGAUUUGCCUAAACGUGUUUCAUGCAUGUCCACUGGAGGCAGGUUUGACUUUGAUGAUGGGGGGUCGUACUGCGGGGGGUGGGAGCAGGGAAAAGCCCACGGCAGAGGGGUCUGCACGGGGCCACAGGGUCAGGGUGAGUACGCAGGGGCGUGGAGUCAUGGCUUUGAGGUCCUGGGUGUGUACACAUGGCCCAGCGGGAACAGCUAUCAGGGCACCUGGGCGCAGGGCAAACGGCACGGUAUCGGAGUGGAGAGCAAGGGCCGCUGGGAGUACAGAGGGGAAUGGACACAAGGGUUUAAAGGCCGCUACGGGCAGCUGGAGAGCACGACCAGUGGUGCCCGCUACGAGGGGACAUGGAGCAACGGUCUGCAGGAUGGAUAUGGCACGGAAACCUACUCUGAUGGAGGAACCUACCAGGGCCAGUGGCUGGGUGGGAUGCGUCACGGCUACGGUGUGCGGCAGAGCGUGCCAUACGGCAUGGCGGCCGUCAUCCUCUUCCCCCUGCGAACAUCCAUAAACUCCCUCCGUUCCGAGCACAGCCACGGCCCCCCGACUGUGUUCGAGGAUGGCACAGCCACCACGCCCACGGAUGGAGUGGUGGCUGGGUUGGCCGGCAGCCCGGUGGGCCGAGGUGGCUUUGCCCUGACUGCUCCAAGUGAAGCUGAACGCCAGAGAAAGAGGAAAGGCCGCUUCCGGCAGUCUAUCCUAAGCGGCCUGAAACUACGACGCUCUGAAUCCAAAAGCUCCCUGGCCAGUCAGCUCAGCAAGCAAAGUUCCUUCUGCAGCGAGGCUGGCAUGAGCACAGUCAGCUCCGCUGCGUCUGACAUCCACUCCAAUGCUAGUGAGAAUGAACAGGGCACCCCGGUGGAUGCAACGGUGACAGAAAUGUACGCAGGCGAGUGGCGCAGUGACCACAGGGCCGGCUGGGGGGUGAGUCGACGUUCAGACGGCCUUCAUUACGCAGGCGAAUGGGCAGGGAACAAAAGACACGGGUAUGGAUGCACCACCUUCCCGGACGGCACCAAGGAGGAGGGAAAGUACAAGCAGAACAUGUUGGUGAGCGGCAAGCGCAAAAACCUGAUUCCCCUGAGGGCCAGUAAAAUCAGGGAGAAGGUAGACAGAGCGGUGGAAGCUGCUGAAAAGGCUGCAGAAAUUGCCAAGCAGAAAGCUGAAAUUGCCAUGUCAAGAAUGAGCCACGCUCGGGGAAAGGCAGAGGCAGCUGAGGGAGUUGCACAGAAGGCCAUGGAGGAAUGUCGACUGGCCCGGAUAGCUGCCAAAGAGCUCUCCCCCUCCUUCCACAUCUAUGGCAAUGGGCUCGAAUGUCAGAGGCCCCAGCACCAAGACACCAAGGACAAAGACCACGAGGUCAUCUCCACAGGAACAGACAGUCCGGAGCUGUGUACUCCGGACACCACCCCGCCUGUAAUAACACCCGAGCUCAGCCCUGUGCUGAAUGUCCCCAUCUGUCCACCCCGCAGCCCACCCAAGCAUGUCCAUCGUCCCAGAAAUGCUUGCUUCAUGAGACAGAGCGCCGUGGACGAUCAGGGUGGAGCCGAAAUCCAGGUGCUGGUCGAGUCGCGAGGGAUGGGCCUGCUGAAGGGCGAGGCAAACAACUGGGCAGAUGACAUGUACCCUGAUCGGGGAUGCAGCAGCCGCUCCACCACACCCUCUCUGCUGGAAGAACAGGAGGGACAAAUGAAUGGCCAUGACCCAGCUCCUUUGUCCAACCACAAGCUACGCGAGAAAUCCAUGUCCAAUCACAAGGUCCGGGAGCACACUUCCUCCCACACAGCGUGGGAGCACUCUUUGUCCAACCAAAAGUCAUCCAAGCAUGCAUCUUCCAAUCACAAGUCAAGGGAGUACACGUCAUCCAAUCACAAAACAUGGGAUCAUUCUUCUAGCAACCACAAGGCUUGUGAACGAAUCUCUUCCAACUACAGGCCGCAGGUGCACAUUUUGUCCAAUCACAAGGCCUCGGAACAUAACAUGUCCAAUCACAAGACGUCUGAGCAUGCUUCCGCCAAUCACAGCUCCCAAGAUUAUAUCUCCUCCAAUCACAAUCCCAAGGACCACGUUGCCUCCAGUUACCACCCCCGAGAGCAUGCCUUCUCCAACCAUCUAAAACAGCACAAUCCCUGCAACCACAAGCUUAGCGAGAAUGCUGGAAUUGACCAAAGGCAAGAUGGCCGCACCGAGGGUUGGACUGCAGAAAGCACCCUUAGGUGGAGCCCCGUCCACUCACGCCUCACAGAGGGAGACGAAGAGAGAAUGAAUGAGUACACCGUUGAUAUGAAGCUUCAGUGCCCGGACUCGCACAUGUCCCAGGGGCUGGCUCAGGAACCGCCGGCACCCAAAAACAACAGGCUGCGAUCCCGAGGUCUGAGGCCAGUCAGAGAGGGAUCCGUGGACUCCGUCCAGAUGCUGGACAAUCUGAGUGUGGGGGCGGAGCUUGAGGAAUGGCCGCUGCAUCGGGACCUCACCCUCUCCCCGCCGCUUCAGUCCCAGCCCAUCGCCCUGGAGCAGGAAGGAGAGCUUCUCACCCCCAAAUCAAACUCAGGCUCCAGCUCCAUUCUGGUGGUGAUGGUCAUCUUACUCAAUAUCGGAGUAGCAAUUCUUUUCAUUCAUUUCUUUAUUUAAGCUUAUACAGGUGUGAUCGACUGCAGUAUAUUAUAUUGUAACCUACUGAGAUGGACAUUCUGGCCUGAAUGACGGUUUCAGCGGUGACAUUUCUGCGUGAUCGUCGCUCCUGUCACAUGUUUCUUUUUUUUUUUUUUUUAGCUUCCAAUCGUGGGAAAGGUGAAUGAAUAACACUCAUGAGAAAGUGAAGGUGGUAGCUUUACACUACCGUGGCGUGUUUGGACACGUGCAUGGGUGUCCGUUGCAUACUGUUAAACGGGCUGGCAAAAGCAGUUUUGGACAGUUUUUUUGUCAAAGAUACAAAACCGAUGUUUCCUGAUUAUAAAACAUGCUAACCACGAGCAUGAAACUCACCCUCCUUCCUGUCCAACCUUUCUUAUCUUGCUCACAUUCACCAGUUUCUUACCCCCAUGGUCCUCACUAUGCGCUACAUACAGAACUAUGCUGCAAGAGUAGAUCCAUUUAAAGGGCUCAGCCAUGAUUUCUUUCUUUCAUUUCUCCAAACCCACUUGCGACUUUUGCAUGAGGCUGCCUGGGACAUUGAUUAAAAUGCAUCGUCAAUCCCUUUAACAUCACCAUUCUGUCUGCAUUUCUUUAGAUUCCAUCCCGGUGAUUGCGUUGUGCACUUGUCUGAGGUCACCUUCCCACAUUACAUUGGGUCUGGGUAAACAUAGGUCCCAUCCCGUUUGAUCCAAGAACAUUUUGUAAGUUGAGAUUCAAAUUUAUACUCAAGGAACUUCCUGAAUUCAAAAGAAAUGCUUAAGUUGGCACUCCUUUGCACAUGGACUCACAUAGGCAUGGCGACUCAUUUAUCUGCUGACAUGCUGAGGAGAAUUCAGAAUGUCCCUUUGUAUAGCCUCUAGACUGUUAUGUUAUGACCACUAAUUAUACUAUAAUAUGUGUAUGUGUCAUUAUUAUUAUUCCAGUUUGACACUUUUUUGGGCGAGCUGGAGAGAAUGCAGAGUGUCUCUUUUUGAUUCACUAAAUUCACCAAAAUUGACAGGCUAAGAGGAGCCAAGUAACCUCCACUCGUCCGCACACACUCGCCCCUCAACCAGGAAUGGCAUGCACUGUUUUGACUCUGUAUCUUCGUCGGGCCGUUCAAAAAGGGAACGCGGGGUUUCCACUGUGUCGUUUCCAGACACGUCUGUCUCGGGCCAGAUGAGAUUUUUCCGCAUGGUUGUUCAGCUCAAUCUGGUGUCAGUUUGUUCCCUUUCGUCCGUUUUGUUGAGUAACACAAGGCUAUGUGAGACAUGGAGAGCAGUGAUAAAAUAAAUGCUAGCUUUUAACUCUCAGAGAAUACUGAAAGUUUAUGAAUAAUACGAAAACCAACUCUCUACUAUUGUAUGUUUUAUACUUCGCACCCAGUGGCAUCAUCAUGUUGUGACAUCAUUGCAUGCCCGAGCAUGCUCUUUCUUACGCUUUGGUUUAUGAGGUUGUUUCCAAGUUACUGUGGAGAAAAUAAUAAAAUGUUUGAAAUAUGAAUGCAUGUGUGAUUAUUGCUGAUGCUUGCAUUUUUUUAAAUCAAACAAUUACAGUGGGAGGACACCUUGAAAAUUAAAGUCGCUACAUUUUACCGGAAUUGUAUCACUAAUAAAGGAACAUGAGUGCUGAUUUGGAUAGGG